AUGAAUAUCUCGUCCUACUUCUUCUCCUCGUCCUCCUCAUCCUCCUCGUCAUCGGACAAGAAGUCGUCGUCCUCCAAGCGCCGGCAGCAGGCGGCGCAGCAGCCGGACUCCAACCCGACGCGCUACCUCGGGGUACGGCGGCGGCCGUGGGGCCGGUACGCGGCGGAGAUCCGUGACCCAGCGACCAAGGACCGUCACUGGCUCGGGACCUUCGACACCGCGGAGGAGGCCGCCGUCGCCUACGACCGCGCCGCGCGCUCCCUCCGCGGCGUCCGCGCCCGCACCAACUUCGCAUACCCCGACCUUCCCCCGGGUUCCUCCAUCACCCCCUACCUCUCCCCGGACCUCACCUCUGGCGACAACAACGUGCAGCUCCUCCAGCCAUUCUACGCCGACCCGACGCCCCUGCCGACGCAUCAGCAAGCGGCUGGAGGUGGCGCCCACCAUGUCGGGAGCGAGUACAUGUAUGGAGGUGCCGCUGACAUGUCGUCGCUGAUGGACGACAUCGCCAUGCCCGAUGACCUGCCCAUGAUCGACGGCGGCGGCGACAUGGACUACUCCAUGUACGACACCAGCAGCAACGGCGCCAAUGCCGGUGGCGGCGGAGGGUGGUGCGACGCGUCCGAGCUCGGAGCGUACUCCUCCGCGCCGGGCGGCGGCCACGGGGUGUACUUCGAGGAAGGCUACGUGCACAGCCCGCUCUUCUCGCCGAUGCCGGCCGUCGACGACGCCGGCGCCGACGGGUUCCAGCUCGGCGGCUCGUCGUCUUCCUACUACUACUGA